CAAUAAUAUCCGAAGUCGUUGUGUUCAGAACUUUGCGGGCUAACUUUCAAUCAUUUACAUAUACAUAUUCAAUCAUUUACAUGUUUCGUUGAAGUGAUGGCAGGUCAAAAAACUGGGUCAGGUUUAUGGGGUUUCAGGAGUUCGGCCUCGGAAAACAGGUCAAUUGAGCCGCGUUUUCCGCCAAUGACGGGCAGCAAUUCGCGUCGCAGGUCGGAAUUGGAGGAAGUUGUUGUGCGGAUCGAUGAUCGGUCCUCUCGAAUGGAACAGGAACAGUUGGAAAUCGUCGGUGACAAGAAUUUACUGUCCAGAAUCCGCCAGGAGGAUGAGCGACGCAGGAGUAACCACGUGUGGUACGCGUUUCGUUUGGCAACUACAAUCUGCGAUCUCGCUUUACUCGCUGUUUGUGUUGACCAACUGAGAAAGAAGUCUGACCUGGAUCCGAGUGGACCGUUGCAGCCGAAUAACUUGAAACUCAUGGACGACUUACUCGUGACUGUUGACUUUUCAUUUGUCGCACUCCAAGCUUACUUUUUGCGAAAGACCAACGUUUGGGACAAUUGGAUCAUGGCGGAAUUUGGAGUUACUGCAUUUGCUUAUCUAUUUCAAGUCGCCUAUUGGCCUGUACACAUGCUUGUCGGACCCGUGGCUGCUAUCCGUGUUUUGGCAUUUGCGUCAGUUCGAGCAGUGAAAAUCUGCAUGUUUCUGCGGAGAAUGCGAGAGAUUUUCGUUGCUGUCACCAUGUCGUACAAGGAAUUCGCGAUUUCAUUUCUGCUGAUGCUGGUUGGAACAGCAGUUUUCACGACUUUUGCCUUGUGUUUAUUCGCUCCUCACGAAGAUUCUCACUUCGAAGGAUUUUCUAGAGCGGAGAAUGCGAGAGAUUUUCGUUGCUGUCACCAUGUCGUACAAGGGUCACAGAGCAACGAGAGCACUGAAAAAGUCAUACAAUUUUUGUCUGUGCUUAUAUGGGUAUUUUUCGGAGCCAUGGUGCUUCGGAAUAUCAUCGUGGCUGUAAUGGUGGGUGGUUUCAUCAGAAGAAAGGAGGAAUACGAAAGAGUUGCUUCGGAGCAAGCUAAGUCUGAUCGCGCUCGCAAAGCUCAAAAACGGCUCAAGGAAAUCUUCCCAGUUUUUUACACUCAAAGCGUCAAUUGGGCAAGUCGUGAUCCUCAUUUCGCGACGCUGCCAGAGUUGAUGCAUAACGUGGAGCAGAUGAUGGUCGAGUGCGGUACAUGGAGAAAAGCAUGGAUGACAGCUUUGCAGUUCCUGCCAGAAGCAUCGGAGAGAACCACUUGGCCGACGCAGACUCUGGUUUACUACGAAUGCGCUUUAAAUGCUCUGCACAACAUACUCACUGAAGACCGGUUUCUCCUUAAUCUCACCCAAGAAAUAGCGAUUUCAGCGAUUGCUGAACGCUUGCGGAUCACGGAGCCGUACGAGUACAGCAUGCACCACGGAGAGGAUGGUGAAGGCGGCGAAUUUUACGCCGAGGACGAUUCGGAUCAUCAUCAACCUCAUAAUUCUUAGGCUGAAAUUAUUUGUAAAAUGUAUUCCUUAUUAGAGAAUGAUUCAAAAUUCUAUCCGUUUUCUUCAGUGAACAUGCCUUCUUUCACGAG